CUCGUGCCGCCGGAAGUGGGAGGUGUCGCGCGCGGGCCGGCGCUCGACCCCUCCCCCCAGGCUCUGCCGCCCCCUCCCCCCGCUCCGCCCGCUCAGAGCAUGAUGGCGGCAUCUGAGGUAGCUGGCGUGGUGGCCACUGCUCCCAAUCCUCCGGAAUCCUCGUCUAGUGUAUGUGCUUCCAAACCAGACGAAGUUCUCCCAGACGGUCUAAGCCCCAAAGACCCUGCACAGAAGCACAAGAACUCGCCUCUGUCGAGUGUAAGUAACCAAACGAUAACCAAGGAGAAUAACAGAAAUGCCCAUUUGGAACACCCAGAGCAGAAUCCUGGUUCAUCAGCAGGUGACACUUCAGCAGCGCAACGGGCGGUUUUAGGAGAAAACUUGAUAGCCACGGCCCUUUGUCUCUCUGGCGGUGGGUCUCAGUCUGAUUUGAAGGACGUGGCCAACACAGCGGGAGAGGAGGGGGACACACGCCUUCGGGAGAGCCUCCACCCCGCCACUCGGUCUCUUAAGGCAGGGUGCGAUACAAAGCAGCUUGCCUCCGGGAAUUGUCCUGAAGAGAAGGCCCCACAAGCCUCCAUCCUAAAGGAAGGGAGCAGGGACACAGGCUUGGAUUUCCCACCUGUGGUGCCUCCAGCAAAUGGGGUUGAAGGAGUCAGAGUGGAUCAGGAUGAUGAUCAGGAUAGCUCUUCCCUGAAGCUUUCUCAGAACAUUGCCGUCCAGACUGACUUUAAGACGGCUGAUUCAGAGGUAAACACAGAUCAAGAUAUUGAAAAGAAUCUGGAUAAAAUGAUGACGGAGAGAACCCUGUUGAAGGAGCGUUACCAGGAGGUCCUGGACAAGCAGAGGCAAGUGGAGAAUCAGCUCCAAGUGCAAUUAAAGCAACUUCAGCAAAGGAGAGAAGAAGAAAUGAAGAAUCACCAGGAGAUAUUAAAGGCUAUCCAGGACGUAACAAUAAAGCGAGAAGAAACAAAGAAGAAGAUAGAGAAAGAAAAGAAGGAGUUUUUGCAGAAGGAGCAGGAUCUGAAAGCUGAAAUUGAGAAGCUUUGUGAGAAGGGCAGAAGAGAAGUGUGGGAAAUGGAACUGGAUAGACUCAAGAAUCAAGAUGGUGAAAUAAAUCGGAACAUUAUGGAAGAGACAGAACGGGCCUGGAAGGCAGAGAUCUUAUCACUAGAGAGUCGGAAAGAGUUGUUGGUAUUGAAACUAGAAGAAGCAGAAAAAGAGGCAGAACUGCACCUUACUUACCUCAAGUCAACUCCCCCAACACUAGAGACAGUUCGUUCCAAACAGGAGUGGGAGACAAGACUGAAUGGAGUUCGGAUAAUGAAAAAGAAUGUUCGGGACCAAUUUAAUAGUCAUAUCCAGCUGGUGAGGAAUGGAGCCAAGCUGAGCAGCCUUCCUCAGAUCCCUACUCCCACUUUGCCUCCACCCCCAUCAGAGACAGACUUCAUGCUUCAGGUGUUUCAACCCAGUCCCUCUCUGGCUCCUCGGAUGCCCUUCUCCAUUGGGCAGGUCACAAUGCCCAUGGUUAUGCCCAGUGCAGAUCCCCGUUCCUUGUCUUUCCCGAUCCUGAACCCUGCCCUUUCCCAGCCCAACCAGCCUUCCCCACCCCUUCCUGGCUCGCAUGGGAGAAAUAGCCCUGGCUUGGGUUCCCUUGUCGGCCCUCAUGGUCCACACGUGCCCCCUGCCGCCUCCAUCCCACCUCCCCCAGGCUUGGGUGGUGUUAAGGCUUCUACUGAAACUCCCCGGCCCCAACCAGUAGACAAACUGGAGAAGAUUCUGGAGAAGCUGCUGACUCGGUUUCCACAAUGCAAUAAGGCCCAGAUGACCAACAUUCUUCAGCAGAUCAAGACAGCACGUACCACCAUGGCAGGUCUGACCAUGGAGGAGCUGAUCCAGCUGGUAGCUGCGCGACUUGCAGAGCACGAGCGGGUGGCAGCAAGUACUCAGCCCCUUGGUCGGAUCCGGGCCCUGUUCCCUGCUCCAUUGGCCCAAAUCAGUACCCCAAUGUUCUUGCCUUCUGCCCAAGUUUCAUAUCCUGGGAGGUCUUCACAUGCUCCAGCCACCUGUAAACUGUGUCUAAUGUGCCAGAAACUUGUCCAGCCCAGUGAGCUGCACCCAAUGGCAUGCACCCACGUGCUGCACAAGGAGUGUAUCAAAUUCUGGGCCCAGACCAACACAAAUGACACUUGUCCCUUUUGUCCAACUCUUAAAUGACGGACCUGACUGGGGAGGAAGAAGAGGAGAAACUGAUGUGAACAGGAAGCGCGGGUUCAAGAUUUCUAAAACUCUAUAUUUAUACAGUGACAUAUACUCAUGCCAUGUACAUUUUUAUUAUAUAGGUAAUGUGUGUAUAGAAAGUCUGUAUUCAGAUGUUCGUAAAUGAAAGUAUGUAUAUUAUGCAGAAAUGGUCUGUCCCCCUCACCUUGCAAUUCCUCUGGGGGAAGCAGAGUGUAGGUAAGAUGGUAUUUAAUUUGGCCUUGAAAUUAUGAUAUUCCUGCCUAGGGCUGUUUUCAGAUACAAUAUAAAAACCAUCUAGGAAGCUGCUCUUGCUCUAAGGCCACCCUGCUCUGAUUUGGCUCAGCCUCUAGUCCAUUUUCUUAAGGCUCAUGUACGCAGAUUUGAACCCUGGUGCUCACCUGCUGUCCAGCCAGAUGCCUUGCUUAUUGAAAGCCUCCGGAAGCCUCAGUGCUAUUCUAGCCCUUCUACUCCAAAUGGAGAAAAUGAGACUGAUUGAGGAAAAAAUAUAUAACCCUGAUAGUUUGAUUUUUCAUUGAACAUUUUACUGUGUUAACACUCAUUAUUUGUACAUAGACAUUAGGUUUACAGAAUAGUCUGUUUACAUCAGCAAAAUUCACAGUCCAAGAAUAACAACAUAACCAGGUCCCAUUUUCCCCAUGCCUCCCACAAACUUCUCUCCACCCUACUUCCUGGAUAGUCAUCUCUUUAGAAACUAGCAUAGCCCACAGGUCUUUCCUGGGCCAAGCCAUCCCUUUCCACCACUGACCUGGCUUCUGAUCAAGCUUUCACAGACCAACCUUGUGAAGUCCUCACCGCUUCCCCUUCACUUCUGGUCUUCUAGUCUAGCUAUCCCCCCUCCCCUUGAAGGUUAAGGCAGUUGGUUCACAACCAAGUUGUUUGGUGACCUUGGGUGAGUUCCAGGCAGGCACUGGGGUGAGGAGAUGUCUGUGCAAAGUUCCUUUCAGGAUGAUCUUGGGAUAUGGGUUUGAAUUUUUGAAGCAAGAAAGCUAUGGGGGACAUGCUUCCUGUCCUGGGAAAAAUGGAGACCAAAGUGCUAUGAAGAAGGGAGGUUAGAUUUCAAGUUUAUAAGUCAUUUGUUCUAUGGAUAGCUAUCUGGAACUAGGUCAUUUUUUCACCUCUGCUUAUUGAGCACUUCCAGUUUCUAGGUUUAUACCUGGGAAAGCUGUGUUUCUAUUAGAGCUUUGAUCCUUUCCUAUCCUUUUAUCUUUACUCCUAAUGGAAAUGGCGUCAGCUCCCUUCUCUUUUGGAAUUAAACAAGUAAAAAUUAAGCAGUAAUAAAAAAAAUUAGCUCCAGGAAAGGAUAUUAUUAUAUUACCAACAGGUGAAUUUUUCCCAUUCUGGGACCUGGAAAUGCUUACUCGCACUAGUAGUACAUAUGAGGGUAGCAAAGAUUUUUCCUUUCAGAGCCAAAUAAUUCUCUCUGUUCAUGUUACUCUUCCUCGUCUUUCAUCCUUGCCUGUCAGCUCAUGAAAAUACUCUUUCUCUUCUCUGGUCUUACUUGUCCAGGUUUAUUGACUGGCAACAGUGUAAGGAAAUGGAUUUCCUGGGAUCUCCUUGGCAUCUUGUAGGGUGAUGGAAAUGGCCUGAGUACUCCCCACUGUAGAGGUCAGAUGACCCACUUUCUUUGGUUAAUGAAAUAUUAAUGACUCUAGUUUGGUAGCCGUCAUGAACAGGGAAUGUGGCAAAAUGGAAGACCAGUUCCUUUGUUCUUUUCAUUUGGCUGGGGGGGGGAUUCAUUUUUUAUCUUGUAAUCUUAAGAUUUUAUCUCCCCUCAACUUUACAGCAGCCUUUGGGCCACUUGCAGUAUUUUUCAGUAUCCAAUGGAAAUAUAGAAAUUAGAAAUGGGUCUAAAAGAUAUCCUGUUUCUUUUCCACAAAUCUUUGACACCAAAGGGGUAAAGAGAAAAAAGGAGGGGAUGGGGGGCUUAACUGCUUCCUAGUGAAAGCCCCUGGAAACCAGCUGCAGCAGGAAGACAGUGUGGUGGAGGGUGUGCAUGGGGGCCGGGACUCAUCAUCGCUCUUUGCUCUUUCUUGUUCAGGAUCAAUCCGAAAGCAACAGUUAAGUUUUGGCCACCCUUGUUCUCCCUUUUCCCUCUGUCCACUGGCCUGCACUGGUACAAACUGUGCAGACCCCCGGGGAAGGCCCCUGAUGCAGGGAGUGGAGAUGGGACAGUCAUUUUUCUGGCAUAGAAUUUAAAAAUAGAAAUAUAGAAUACAUAUUUUUACAAGGAAGAAGCUGUUGUCUAGAUUUUUUUUUACACUUCAGAGUUCAUGGUUUCAGGGUAGAAAGGAAGAAACUGUUAAAAGAAAAAUAAGUACAAGUUUUCUCUUUCAAAGAAAAAAAUAGGACAAUGAGACUUACUAAGGAAGGGGUUGAGUUUUAUACCCUGGAAAGAGCUGGAGAAAAGCCAGUUUUCCCCAACGUGGGUCAAAAUUAUAAAGUGGAAUGUGGCAUUUUCAUUUCACGGUAGCAAUUCUGGAAGUUUAUUUACACAGUAAGUUCCAAGCUGGAAGUGGACAGUCUCCAGUCUUCCUGUCAGUCUCUGUGGUUAUGGGGUGUUCCCCGUCAGCCAGAGCAGCACCAGGUGCAGUGGGAAUGAAGAGGACUCGGAUAAAAACUGCGACUCAGCAUUCUUGUUUUAUUGGUUUACGGCUUGUGGGCAGCUGGCUGAGGCCAGGAUCUCCAGAGGCCCUCUUUGUAUUUCCCUCUCCCUCAUCAGGUGAUUCUACACUGUGCGCGUCCCUUACCUGGAAGCAGUGUGUUGACCAGAGAGGAAUAGGGAUCCAGUGGAGUAGUAAGAAAAUUCAGCUCUUCCCAUUAACACUGGUAUCAUAGUCGACUGGCUUAGAACUGAUAGGGAGGAAAUGAACUUGUUCCCCACUGUCUAGCCCAAGAACCAGCCUGGGUACCCAAGUACUAUUAGGAGCGGGGAAUAAAGAGCAGGAUAGGGGCAAAGGAUGGCCUCCAUCAAGGGGCUCUUGUGGUGAAGGGAAUUAGGAAGCGCGGAGGCUGUCAUCCCUUUUCCACGCAGCCUUGAUACUGAAUGCGAUGCUGGUGGAGCCAGAAAGCCCUGUGUUCCUGACAUUCUUAGUAUAAUACUAGUGCCACUGUGGGAUGCCUUAGCCAAAUAAAUGAGGGAGACCUUAGAGACAGGGAGAAGGCAAUGAAACUGCUCUGUAUCAUGUCAAGAUCUUACUACCACUUACAGCUGAACAGGAAGAAAUCCAGGCAGGGGGGUAUAGGGCAUCAACUCUAUACCUGUUGAAUGCAUCUUCAGGAGUCUGCUUUCAAGGAUUAGAUAGGAGAGGUCUCCUAUCUAUUCUUAGCACCUCAGCUACAAAGCUCUGGAGGAAUAGGACUGGGGGAGGGGUGAACAGGUAGCCAGGAAGACAAGGUGCAGCCCUGUUAUAUCUGCUCUAUUCCAGCUGCUUUCCCAUAGGGCACCUGGGGCUUCCAGGGCUGGGGGUGUUUCAGUGCUACCAGUCACGCGUAGAGUAGAGGGUUCAGGUAGGGACGAGGAAUUAAUAAGGUACAAAUUCAUUUGUUAGAUGGAACCUUUUAGGGGGCACUUUUCCUUUAAGAGAGUUAAAAAGAGCUUUUUGGCUAGAGAAGCCCUUCUUCCCAUCAUCGCACUUUUGGUCAGGCUGCAACCACAGAAAAGAAGACAUUGGGAAGCAACACCCAUCUUAGAAGAUGGGAUUCUAUCUUGGAGAUGCCGUCUAAAACUGGGACUGGCGAGCGGUCAUGUUCUGGCCUUGCCUCGCUUUGAUCCCAGCUUCCCUGUCUUUGCACUCCCUCUCCUUCUCCUCGUCCAGCCACCCCCAUUUGUACAAAUUAUUUGUACAAAUUAUUUUUAAAUUAUUUUUUAAUUCAAGAGGCAGUCUUUGCACCAAUGUUAUAGGCUUGUCUGUACAGUCCCUAUCUCUAAAGCAAACAGCAAACGGUGCGUCCGUUCCCGCUGACUGUGGCCAGCAGGGAAACAAGAUUGGCCCUUUUCUCUGCUAGGGUACUGCAGAGACACACACUGCGGUCACCUUACUUCUGGAACUAAGAAGAGAAGAAUACUUUGGGUUGGAGAAUCUAAAGGGAUGGUGGACAAAGGUUCAGGGCUGAAGUUUCAAGCAGCAGAAUUUCCCAACUCAAGUUUGAGGUGACCAAGAGUAUUCCCGCCAUCAGAGCAUUUCUUUCUUCCCUCUCCUGGUUCCUACAGGUGCAGUCCCUGCAACCCACCUUGCCAGCUUUUCCUUUUCUGUCAAGGCAGAGGCAUUUGUGGGUGGGUGAGGGUCUUGAGGUGCUCUGGCCACAGGUGCCGUCUGUGUCUCCUCCUUGUGACCAGAGCGAACCACCAGAUGUGGUCCAGGGGGAUCUCUCUCUUCUGCCCGUGGGCCUCCUCACUUCAGCAGGGAGAUGUCAUCAGCAAAGUCAUCAUGCUGAUGGCGCAGGCAGCGGAGGCAGCGCCACUGACACACCAUGAGGCAGAGGGGCAGCAUGAAGAGGGCGCAGAUGGCAGCCAUGACAUAGGCUAUGGUCAUGAGGGUCGAUUCAUCUGUCUGUGGGAUGUUGUAGCCACAGUCUUCCAUGUCCAGGGUGACAAAAGGACCUUCUACCGCUGCUGUCCUGAACUCAUCGUGCACUGGAGAGAGGGCAGAUGUGAGUCACAGAGCAGUUUGGAUUACACACCCAAAAGAACUUCCCGGGACAGGCCUUGAAACCAGCCCUUGAGGAGGCCGUAGAAUCUCCCUCCUGGGAGAUAUUUAGGAGCAGGACAGAAAGCCGUUGCUAGGUGGGGGGCAUGGCUCUCCUCCCAGGUCACUGGGGACAACAACCCUUUCCUGUCUACCUGUGCAAUAGGAAUGAUACCUAAAAGUCAGUCAUUCUAAGCUGACCAAAGAGCCAGCCCUACAUAUACCUAGUAAACUCACCUGCUUCUGCUGAAAUUCAGUUGCAAGACCCUGCCAGUAACAUUCAACCUGGGCAUACGGCAGCUGACAGGGUCACUAUAGGCCCAGCCUGCCACCCUUGGAUCUAGAGCUUCCCAAGGUGCCGAGGCAGCUCUUGCUGUUCUGGGUCUCCAACAGAGGUUGCCAGUCCAGGCAGGGGUCAGCAUGCCAGGCGAUACAAAAAAAGCACAAGCACCAACACUAGCUUUUACGCAAUACGUGGACUCUGGCUUGAGGCAACUGUUACUCCCUCCCAGACUGACAGGGGCCCGGGUACCCUCACCACUGGACAGGGAGAACGUGGAUAGACUGACCCCACACCCUCGUCCCUGGCGCUCUCACCAUGGCAAGCGCUGACAGCAAAGCCAAUUCGUUUCCGGGCCCGAUCAAAGACAACGUAGAAGCCCUCCAUGAUAACAGCUCCCAUGACAGUGCCCGUGGAUGACUGUGAGAUGGCGAACUUGUAACAGUCGUCUUGGGACGUGGCCACAUCUUCCACUGGCCGCAGGUAUUGCUAAGGAUAAGCAAUCAAAGAGUGAGAGUAUGUCUUCCUCCAUCCUUCACCCCAUCUCUGCCUUCUUGGUGUCGAUGCCCUUAGGCUGCUCUUCCCUUUGCCAGCCCUGAGCUCCGAGAGGCUGGUUUUUCCCAGAGCCCUUUACCGCUGGAUCCUCAUCUAUUUUGUCUUCCAAGUACUAGGAAGCCAUGCCUGCUCACUCUUUCUCAAUAUAUCCUUUGUUCUCGUCCUGGGAUCCCACCGAUUCUGGCCAGGGACAUACCUGUGGAAGGAUGGUGAUUCGGAAGGACUGAUUGGUGACCUCACCCAUUAGGUAGAGUGAGAUGACCGGGAAAAUGUUCCACGGGGUGGUGCCUGCUUGCCAGCACACCAGCUGCUCCCCGAGCCAGAAACCGUCUGGAAACUUCUCCGUCUGUGUUGAUGAGAAAAGGAUAAAAAUGAGGAAACGGCCUCUUUCACCAUCUCGCCUCUCCCAUUUUCAGAUAACACUGGGCCCUUUACUUGCUUUUCCAUGAAAUACCCAAACUGGGGAAAGGUCAGCCGAAACCCAAGGAUUAGAGGAAGAGAGCAAGAGAGUAAGGGCAAAACUUUGGGCUGGGGGAUUGUGUGCUGAGCAAGCUGAGGCCCAUAGCAGAGAACCGUUUUUUAAGAGAUCUAAGUAGAGGGAUCUAAGGGUAGACAUCUUGGCUCUUGUGGAGGAACGUGCCUCUCACAGACUUCCUGUGACACUCUGUCAUCUCUUGUACCCCUGUCCUUAGUCCCACUGACCGAGGAGGCUGCCUUGAUGGAUUUGACAGCAGCUUCAAACACUUUCUUGGGCAAACGAAGGUUGGUGGUGCCGCUGUCAACGAUGCUCUUGUCAUAGUUGUACUAAGAGGGAGAAGAGAGGGUUAGAACAUCAAAAGCCUUUUUGAGGCCAGGCUUUGGCCAGAAUUGGAGGGGUGAGGCUGACUGCUUGGGGUCCUUCCUGGGUUGGCAUCCUGGCUUUGCCACUUCUUAGGUGGAUCUCCUUGGGCAAGUUACUUAACAUCUGUGCCUCAGUUUCCUCAUCUGUAAAAUGAGGAUAAUAAUAGUACCUACCUCAAAGAGUUAUUAUAAGCAUUAAAUGAAUUAAUAUAUUUGAAGUGCUUAGAAUUGUGCCCUGCACAUAGGAAGCAUUCAAUAAAUGUUAACUCUUAUUAUCUUGGGUGGGUAGACAUUCUCUAAAUCUUGAAAAUAAAAAUACCUUGUAUAAUGCUUUUAACUUUUCAUAAUACGUUUGUAUCUGUUCUAAUUUAACAUACAUGAAGAAUCUAGGUAAGGAACACCCAAAUAGUUUAACUGCCAUUUAUUGGGUCUUGCUGUGUGUCAAGCACUGGGAUAAACACUUCAUUCACUUUCUCUGUUUUCACCACAGUCUUUGGAAAAGCUGUUUUUACUUCUGUUUUGCAGGUGAGGAAACUGAAACACAAAAUAGUAACUUGCCUGAGGACACAUAGCUAGAGCAGAGCUAGAAACCCAGAUCUUUCUUACUCCGAAGCCAGACUCUUCUACUACGUCAUGUCACACUGCCUCGCGGACGACUUGCCCAAGGUCAUAAAGCAAGGCAGUGACUGGAGUCCAGAUGUGCUUUUUUCCGUACCAGACCAUAUGCGACGCAGCCUCUGGGAAAGUGCUAAGCCAGUCCCUAGCCGCAAACCUCAGGUCCCGCUAUGUGACUGUUAAGCUCCUUGCUGUUCCAUGCUCAGCCCCCAACCCUCCUGCAGGUCCUGCACCUCAACCUCAUCCUCCCAGCCUCAUAACUCGGGGUCUGGCCUCACACGAUGUUGCCUCCCCCUUGCCUCUCCCUGCUUCCCCCAGGUUUUAUUACCUCCUUGCAGUCCAUUUUCAGAUCCUGUCCAUUGAUCUCCACCCGCACAAUGAUCACCUCAUAAUACCAUUCCCGCCGGAUGGGUGUGUACCAGAGGCUGCCCAUGUACAGCGAGUGGUCGAUACCCCCGAUGAUCUAGGGAGAAAAAGAGCCAGUACCCGUGUGCCAACACAGAAGGACAACAAGUCACCCAGAGGGCAAGCAAUAGGAUCAGUCAUUUCUGGGGUGGCAAGGCACUCUACACAUCGCCUUUCUCAUCUGCCUGCUUCUAAUCAAACCACGCCCUAAAGCGAUUGAUACUUUCUUAAAUGUGUUAAGGAUGUGUUCAGGGGAAAAGGCUUUCCAGGAUUUUUAAUUGUUUCAGAAUCACACAGCCCUUGAUAUAAAGUUAUUUAAACCUAAACUGGCAUAAUAAAUGUUGAGUGAAUGAUA